UCUGCUUUUGGUUCUCUGUCAUUUACAGAUGAUGGGUGCCAACUCUGGGACUGAAAAUAAGAUAGUUGUAUACGGCAAGAUGCAAGAAUCUCUGGAAGUGACGCUUCCUAAUAAACAAGAGGAAGAUGAGAAAGACCAGCCUACUGAGAUGGAGUACCUUAACUCUCGCUGCGUCCUUUUCACUUACUUUCAGGGAGACAUUGGAUCAGUAGUGGAUGAACACUUCUCAAGAGCUUUAAACCAAGCCAGCAGCUUGGAUCCAGAGGCAGCCAUUUCAAAAAGCAAAACAGGGCUGAAUUCUCUAUGGAGAGAGAAUUCAACAAUAACAAGCCAAAGGAGUGGUUUCCCAGCUUCGUUUUGGACCAGUUCUUAUCAAACUCCACCUCCCCCAUGCUUAAGUGGAGUCCAUCAUGAUUUUCCAGUUACUGCACCAGGCACCUUUUCAACAGCGGAUCCUAGUAGCUGGCCAGGACAUGCCCUGCAUCAGACUGCUCCACCUCCUCCACCUAGCAUGUCAGAAUCUUGGCAUUAUCCAUUAGCAUCUCAGGUGAGCUCUUCAUAUGGACAUAUGCAUGAUGUGUACAUGCAUCACCACCAUCCCCAUGCACACAUGCACCACCACCCAACUUCGCACCUUGACCCACGUUACAGGCCUUUGCUGAUGCCUUCAGUUUGCACAGGCAAGAUUCCUCCACCACAGUGUGAUGCAGCAAAGACAGAUCCUUCUGCUGUCACCAGUGCUACCUCAGCAUGGGCAGGAGCCUUUCAUGGAACAGUCGACAUUGUCCCAACGUUUGGUUUUGACACAGGCAUCCAACAUCAAGACAAAACUAAGGAGGCGGCAUGGUUCUGACCUACCUAUGACUCCAGUGUUAAGACCUCUCACUCUUGUGAAGGGGAUCCCCUGCUUCUUCACAAUGGCACCACACAUUG